GUCGUCCCUUCCGGCACCGGCUCGUAACCAGAACCUCAACAUGCCCGUCAGAUGGAUUCUUCACUGGCAACCAACCCAAGGAUCGGUAGUAAACAGCCACAUACUGAACGAAAUCUCACAGUGCAUCGACACUUUCAGCGGCGUCAAAGAAGGAAGAUGGAAAUCUACCCUCACUUUCUACAGAGCCAAUGUACGAGACCAGUCAACGAGUGCUGAAUUCCCUCGCGAUUUUCUCGAAAUUUCGCUCAUGGAACAGCCUGAUAAAUAUUACUUCAUUAUUCGUGGUCAUAAGCUUGUUGUUGAGGCUGAUUCUUCUAUUUUGACUAUCAUGGAGAAACUUCAGUCUUAUAAAUCUAAAGUUGCUCUUAAUUUUGAGGGUUUGCAGUAUAAACUGGGGGACUUUCAGUUGAGACUGAUUAAAGUUGUUCCUAAUCAAGCUGAAAAUCUCAGAGGCAUUUUAAUGGAGAUUGAAUAUCUUCCUAUUUCUUCAAUUGAAAUAGCCAAGCCAAUUCUUGAAGAGUUCAUUGACAUAUGGCGACAAGUGCUGUCGAAAAAAUCAUUACCAGGUCAAUUCAUGCAAGCAGAACCAGUAUUUGCGGAAUACGGGCUUUCAGACAGUUACAGUUUUCAGCACACAGCUGUUCAGUAUGCUGCUGCAUUGGCCCAAUUAAUUGCAUCAGUUCAGUCAGGAGGGCAGUUAAGGAGUUAAUUAGUUAAUUAGGAGCGUUGAAGCUUUUCCUCUCAUCAAAAUGCAAUAAAGUUCUUCUGCUUAACGCCAACACCAAGAGUGUAAAUCAGACUCGGUGGUUUUGUUGUUGCAUGUC